CUGGGGGGCGGAGCCUACGGCUGACGCAGGAAAACUGCGCGGGAACCUCCGCUUCAUCAUGGACCACGAAUGCUCCCAGCUCCUGCCUGCUGUCUGUGCAGUUUUGGCAGAUCCCAGGCAGCUGGUGGCAGAUGACACCUGUUUGGAGAAGCUCCUGGACUGGUUUAAAAUGGUAACAGAAACAGAAUCCAGUCUCCUGCUGUUACAGGAGAAUCCCUGCUUAGUAGAGCUGCUGUCUCAUGUGCUGAAACUCCCAGAUGUGAGUCCCGGAGUCCUCGCCUUCUCACUCCGCCUUGCAGGGAUAUUUGCAGCACAGGAAAACUGCUUCCAGUAUCUUCAGCAGGGGGAGUUGCUUACCGGGUUCUUUGGGGUGGCAAGACCCCUAGGCCAAGCAGCCUGGGCCAUCCCCACCAUUCGCAGUGGCUGGAUACAGGGUCUGCACUCUCUGGCACAGCACCCCAGUGCCCUGUGCUUCCUGGCUGACCAUGGUGCUGUCGACAUCAUCUUCUCCCUGCAGGGAGACACCAGCCUGUUUGUGGCCUCGGCCGCUGGUCAGCUCCUGGUACAUGUCCUGGCUCUGUUGAUGGAAGGCAGGGCCGAGGGACACCCCUGCCCUCAGGGUGAUGACUGGCCCACCUGUGCCCAGAAGAUUGUGCAUCACAUCGAAGAGUCCUUGUGCUCCACAGACCCCUCGAAGGUCACUCAGGCCCUCAAUGUCCUGACCACCACCUUCGGGCGCUGCCAAAGCCCCUGGACAAAAAUCCUCUGGGAGCAGCUGAGUCCCCUCGUGGCCUCUCUACUGGAGAAAGAUCCUGUCUCAGCCCCACAUUCCCUCGUGGACCUGCUCCUCUGUGUGGCCCGUUCUCCUGUGCUUGGCUCUUUGGACCUCAGGCUGUGGGAGACAGCAGCACGGGCUCUGAGCUGCCUGGGCCCUACCCAAGCAGGGCCUCUGGCGUUGGGGGUCCUGAAACUCCAGCACUGUCCAGAGGUGCUGAGGACCCAGGCCUUUGGGGUCCUUCUCCAGCCCCUGGCCUGUGUCUUGAAGGCCACUGCUCAAGCCCCUGGGCCCCCAGGUUUGUUGGAUGGGACCUCAGAUGACUCUGUGAUGGUGGACACUCUCCUGUCCUCCAAGUCAUCCUGUGCUGGUCUCUUGUGCCGGACCCUGGCUUACCUGGAAGAGCUACAGCCACUGCCCCAGCGCCCCUCGCCCUGGCCCCAGGCGCCCUUGCUCAGGGCUGCAGUGACAAUACUGCAGCUCUGUGAUGGCUCAGCAGCCCCCACCUCCAGUAUGGGGGGCCGCCUUUGUGGAACCCUGGCAGGCUGUGUCCGGGUCCAGCGGGCAGCCCUCGACUUCCUGGGAACAUUGUCUGAAGGGAUGGGCUCCCAAGAGCAGGUGACACAGGUGUUUGCCAUCCUACUGGAGACCCUGGGGAGCCCCGACUCCAGCCCCACGGUCCUAAAGAAGGCCUUCCAGGCAGCACUCAGGUGGCUGCUGAGCUCCUCCAGGACACCUGGCUGCUCUGGUCUCGGCCCACACAUGGCAUUGUUCUUUCCAGAGCUAUUCCCUGUGCUUCAGAAACGCUUGUGUAGCCCCUGUUGGGAAGUAAGGGACUCUGCCCUCGAGUUCCUGACCCAUCUGAGCAGAAACUGGGGAGGACAGGCUGACUUCAAACAUGUGCUCCUCACAUCAGAGGUGCCUGAGCUCGCCCGGCAGCUCUUGCAAGAUCCUGAGAGUUAUGUCCGUGCAAGUGCAGUGACUACCAUGGGGGAGCUCUCUAGCCGGGGCCUGUACACUGUCCCUGCCAACCCUGAGCACCCCGAGGACCAGAGCCUACUCCUGGAGUUCUUGCACAUCCUCUCCGUGGACUCGGAGGGCUUCCCACGGAGGGCUGUCAUGCAGGUUUUCAUCGAAUGGCUGAGGGGCAGCCAUAUUGAUGUGGCCCAGGACACAGAGUGGUUUAUGGCCACUGUGCUGGAGACGGUGAGCCAGGACCUGGACUGGGAAGUGCGGGCCCAGGGCCUAGAGCUGGCGAUGGUGUUUCUGAGCCAGAUGCUGGGACCUCUGGGCCCCCACUGUCCCUACACUGUGGCCCUGCCCAAGGCAUCCCCGCCUGACCUUCUCCCCAAGGUGUUGGCGGCUCUUUGCCGGGUGCGGCUCUUUGAGUUUGCCUUUCGUGCCUUGUUUGACUGUGAUCGACCCGUGGCCCAGAAGUCCUGUGACCUCCUCCUCUUCCUGAAGGACAAGACUAUACCUUACAGCAGCCUGUGGGAGUCAGGGAGCACCCCAAAUUUGGAGUCCGUGGAGGCUGCCUUGCAGAAGUGGCAGGCGGGUGAACAGGGCCAGCCCCUGGGGGACCUGGAGCCCGAGGCUGUGCUGGCCACACUGAGGUCCAUAGACCUCCAGGGCCUCAGGGACACACUGGCUGAGGGCAGUGAUCAUGUGGAAAAGAGCCCACAGUCCCUCCUGCGGGACAUGCUGGCCAUGGUGGGUGUCCUGCAGAAGAACCAGGCUGACUGCUACUGAGGCAAGACAGAGGGAUGCUCCGGGGAAGCCACAAGUAGGAAACAAGCAAGAUAAAAAAAUCCCACAUGAUACAUUUUGAUCUAUUAUUAAAAUAAGUGGAUUAUUUUCUACACAAAAUAAAUGGCAUUAAAGUC